CGCCUCGCAACACACUCAUUUAGAAGCGGCCGGCAUGGCUUUCACUUGGGACAAGCUCUCGAAAGCUCGGCGAGAGUACCCAAAGCCCAAGUUCGCGCUGUCUUACGUCGACAAAUUGCUGAAGAAGAGCCCUGGCAACCCGUACUUGAUCACAUGGAGGGCCGACGUCUCUUUGCAGUUACAGUCUCCGCCUGAGAUAAUUGCCAAAUCCUUGGUUGAAGUCUGCCAGAACAAAGCAACACAACAAGACGAACUAUUGCUUGAGUAUGCAUACAGGCUCAUCGUAGAGGCGACAAUUAGAUCAAAUCCCAAGCUUGACGGCAUUAGUACCGUAGGCAAUGAAGGUGUCAAAGCAUGGCAAAAUGCUGCAGCGCUCAAAGUCACCAAGAAGGACCGCAAGAACCUUUGGGACGAUUUCUUCACUGCGGCCAUGCGACACGGAUGCUGGGAUGACGCUCGCACGGCGAUCGUGAAGUACAGAGCGGAAGCAUCAUCCACCGACAAGAUCAGCUACUACACCCAAAUAUUUGCACAGCAAAUGUCUGCAGAGCAAAAGAUCCAGGCAGGUAAGGCAGCAGGCGUUGCCGAUAGAAUGGCCGAGAUACAGCUAGCCGUGGCUCUGAAGCAGAUGAAGGACGCCUACGAAAGACCGGAGAGCGACCCCAUCAGUGUCAAGGAUAUCCGGGAUCUUCGAUUCAUGGCUAAGAUCUAUGCGCGACAAGGAAAAUGUGCGCAACUCCUCGAACUCUGGAACGCGCCACCUGCUCAUCUGCAACCCAUCAUGGAGAAGCAUGCUCUGGACAUCUCGCUGCUCACAGUUGACAUCCUUUCGAGCGCGCAACAGUACGAACUACUGGAGAAGCACAUUCUAGAUCUUGUUGAAGAUGCAACAACAGCGCUGAGCGAGGAUGACCCCAAACCCCUACAACAGCUAUGUUCGGCAAGAGUGAAUAUCUGGUCCUACCUGAUCGAUGCUUCUACACAUCUAUAUUCACCCCAAAUAUCGAAAGAGAAAAUAUUAUCCACCAAGGACCGUGUUUUUGGUUCAGACACAUUAAAAUUGGAUCGACCCCUACGCCUCGUGCGCCUGAUCUUCCGCACUUACCUCGGUGAAAGCCUGCUGCAAGACUGCAAAGACUACUUCAAGCAGUUCUCACGGAUACCCAGCUGCUUUGUAGAUCUUCGUCGUUCUGUCGAGAAGAUGAGCAACGACGAGAGGACCGACUUCCUCGCACAUAUCGAAGAGGACAUGAAGUCCACUAAGCCGGGUGCCAAGGAUGCUGAGUCUAAGCUUGAAGAUUGGGCGCGUGCAGAGAUCUGUGUUCUGAAGUUCAUCUACCUGAUAGCUGUCUCUCUGCCAACAUCAUCACCCUCUACAGAAACCUUGGAGUCAUUGGUUGCAAGGGCGUCGAAGAUCAGUCAGAUGUUGCCAAAAGACCCCGACCCAGCUAUGCUGAUCGCCUACUGUCUAACAAAUCUGCAUCACCAUACCGCAGAGUCAGGCGCUGCCUCCGAUCAGAGUUCUCGGAUCUUAUUGCAGGCUGCGAUGCUAACACGCACCGCUGUAGAACGAGAUACGGAGAAGCACAACCGUCAACUAGCAUUACUAGCCACUCGUCUGCACCUCAACCUUGGCCUUGGGACGGUCGCAUUCCAGGUGUGGAAGCAUGUGAAGCCUUCAAUGAAGGAGAUGCUCGUGGACACGCUGUCUCCAUACCUCUUGUCACGAAUCGCCAUUACACAGCCCUUCGAUGUCAAGCACCACCAAGGGUUCUCUGUAGACAAGGAGCUAAAACAUGUCGUCGACACCGUUGACCGGAUGAGCAAGGUCCAAGAAGGACUGAUCUUCAGAGACAUUAAGCGCUUCCACUGGGACUCUGCAAUGGAUCUGAUAUCUAUGAACGAGAAACUGACUACUUCUCUGACGAGACAUACUUCGAUCCUCGAACGUCGCCGCAUCGCUCGUCUCAAGGGAGAGCCCGCGGGUGAUCUACCAGACGUCAACUACAGAAGUACCCAAACCAUCUCGGACAAUAUCGACCGCUCCGUCUUCCCAGCAUACGAACACUCGAGCGUCCACCGACCGUACUCAUUCCUCAUGCCCGCAGACAUCCCCACUGCGGACGAUAUGCUCGCACAAUACCACAACCGCGAGUCCGUCAGCAAGAUCCUCUACCGCGAUGGCAUACCCGUGAACUGGACACCGCCCACCAGUCCACCCGCCCCCGCAUACAACUCCCCCGAGCAUCUCAUCGCCUCCCACUUCUGGUACCCAAUCUCCUCGCUCCUCUACGCAGCCGUGCACUGCACCAAAGCCGACACGACGCACUUCAGCGCUCUACUCGCGCACCUCAAGACGCUGCGCCAGGACCAAGAGAAGCUCGUCAGCAGCGCCGCAACCAGCGUCGACCCCGCAGACGAACCAACCGUGAUCAGCGAAAACAUGCUCAUGGCCUCCUACUCGGCGCUCGAGAUCCUACGCCUGCUACCGCGCCUGGCGACCGAGAUAAACACCCUCGUCCUUCAGCCCAAAACACCGCAUCCAAUGAAGACCGCGGUGCCGAAGGACUGGGCGAAGCAGAUCGACGCCGCAGUAAAGGGUGCGUACGAGGCGAUCGGCAAGGUGGCGAAUAGCCGCAUCAAUCUGCUGCAGAAGAGGGGUGUUGCGGCGGUCAAGGCGCAGGUUCGAUGGGGCAGGACCGGGGCCGCGAUUGGGGACUCGCUGAGUGAGGGGGAUGUGGAGCACUAUGCGCGGGAGUAUGUGGAUGCAGCGGUGGAGGCGUGGAGGGGUGUGUUGAGCGUGAAGCUGAAGUAGGGAGGAGGAUAGUGCGGCAUGGGCGAGGCAAAUGGCAGGUUAACAGCGUGAUGGUCGUUACUACAGGAAAACGCAGCCAAAAAAUCUCUCGCCAUGAUCGCAUGAACAUUACCUCUCUCAAGCGUCGUACCGCAUUCAUGCAAGAAAAAAACUGCCAUUUAGGUUGAUUUC